CUACAAAAUUGGUAAAUUGUCAAGCUGCAACAUAUGGGCAAUGGGAUUUUGUAGGAUAUUCUGGUGUAUCUAGCAUGCAUGCUAUCCUUUCUCCUAAUACAAACAAAGUAGUGUUUAUUGAAAGAGUAGAAUUAACCACAAAUGUUAAUAUAAAUGGAAAACCUACUUACUCCGUAGAAUAUAAUCUUGAUACAAAUGAAAUAAGAGCUUUGACUACAUUAUCUAAUACUUUUUGUUCUGCGGGGGCUUACUUGAAGAAUGGGACUAUCAUAAAUUUAGGCGGUGCAGAAGCUCAAAAAGGUUUUGAAGAAGGGUUUAAUCGGGUCAGAUUGUUUAGUUCUUGUGAUGAUGGAACAUGUGAUUGGCAAAAUGAUGUUAAUAAUCUUACUGCGAAAAGAUGGUAUCCAACCGUCGAACAGUUAGCUGAUGGUUCUUUAUUUAUCAUUGGCGGUUCAUCGGUAGGUGUAUCAGUUAAUAAUGCAACUAUAAAUGUAGCUAGCUAUGAAAUCUAUCCUCCAGCUCCUGGUGAAACGUCCAUUCCACUUCAAUUUUUAGUGGAUUCUUUGCCAUACAAUUUGUAUCCUUGCGUUCAUCUCUUACCUGAUGGGACCCUUUUUAUUUUGGCGAAUCAAAAGGCAAUUGUUUAUGAUGUCACAUCUCGGCAAAUUAAAAUAAAUUUACCCGACGUUCCUAGAUCAGCACGAAAUUAUCCAUUGACUGGUGCAUCUGCACUCUUACCGUUAGAUUCCAGCAAUAAAGCAGAAGUUCUUGUUUGUGGAGGUGGUAAUAAAAUUUCUCCUUCUCAAACCGUAGGUGAAUUUAGUUGCGCACGUAUUUCACCUAUAUCAAGUAAUCCCACUUGGGAAAUAGAAGAAAUGCCCUUUGGUCGAACAAUGCCAGACAUUACCAUUUUAGCAGAUGGCACUGUUCUGAUUCUUAAUGGCUGUAAUAAGGGUACUGCCGGUUUUAAUAAAGGUAGUGAUCCAGUACUCACACCAGUUCUCUAUAAUCCUAAAGCGCCAGCUGGUUCGAGAUUCACUAAAAUGCAACCAUCAUACAUUCCCCGUAUGUAUCAUUCCAUCGCUAUGAUAAUUCCAUCAGGUAAGGUCCUAGUAUCAGGAUCAAACCCAAAUGGUGUACCAAAUGUUAAUGGACCAUUUCCGACUGAAUUCCGUGUUGAAACAUUCAGCCCACCAUAUUUAUUUACUGGGGCACGUCCUGAGAUCAAACAGGCACCUAAAGAUUUAAAGUAUGGUCAAUCUUUUGAAAUUGAUUAUGUAGCUUAUAGCGGUACUCGCAAGAUGACUGUCAACUUACAUCAAGCCGGUUUCGUGACACAUUCUGUACAUAUGAGCCAACGGUUGGUUUGGCUCGAUAUUACCAACUUUGAAGAUAAAAAACUAUCCGUGACGGCCCCAGCUGGUGGUGCUAUAGCUCCUCCCGGGCCGUAUUUAUUGAACAUUUUAGACAAUGGUAUACCAGCAAAGGCGGUUUGGGUCAUGUUAUCAUAA